CAAAUUAAAAUUACAAAACCACCUAAAACCUAGAUCUGUCUAUUCUCUCUCUUUCCCACCUCGAUCGAUCUCGGUCGAGCCCUCAGGGUUCUAUCUUCGCCAGUGAGCUGAGAGGUGAUGAUGAUAGCUCUUUUCGGGUUGCUUCUGGGCUUCUUAGUGUCUGCUCUGUUCUUAAUUCAGGGAAAGCGGGCGUCGGGUCGUAGCCACAAGGGCCAAUCAAAUGACAGCACAAAUGUCAAGGACAAGGGUCCCAAAAGUUUCACAAAGGCUGAAGUUUCAUUACACAACAGAAGAACGGAUUGUUGGAUCAUCAUCAAAGAUAAAGUGUAUGAUGUUACAUCAUAUGUGGAAGAACACCCAGGUGGCGACGCCAUUCUAGAUCAUGCGGGGGAUGAUUCCACUGAAGGAUUUUUCGGGCCACAACAUGCCACCCGAGUUUUCGACAUGAUCGAAGAUUUCUACAUUGGGGACCUGCAGAAGUGAAGGGUUUCUUACAGUCACCCUCUCGUUUCACUUUUAUGCAUCAUCUUAUCAUGGGUCCAUAUGGGAUUUGUCUCUCUGUUUGUUACAAACUUCUCUUGGUUAUAUUGGAUCUGGUUCAAAAUUGUUCUGUCCAAUCUUAAUUGAUCUCCAA